AUGGAAAAGGGCAUCAUAGCAUGGGAUAGCCAGGAUGAUCCAAUGAACCCAAGGUCGAUAGCCCUCCUUAUAUCCCAAGUUAUCAUCACAUUGAUCAGUCCGCUAGCUUCAUCCAUUUUCGCUCCCGCAGUGGCAAACGCAGCAGAGGAGUUUGGCACAAAGGGUUCAGUCUUGAAGUCCCUGGGUGUUACAGCCUACCUCUUCGGCUAUGGCUUCGGUCCAUUGUUCCUAUCACCACUCAGCGAGAUUUACGGACGUCGAAUAAUCCUUAGCUUGGCGACUUCAGCUUUUGUUCUCUUUCAGAUAGGAUGCGCUCUGGCACCUAACUUCUCCUCGAUCAUCGUGUUCCGACUGCUCACGGGGCUGGGGGGGUCAGGAUGCCUCACAAUUGGAGGCGGAGUCGUCUCUGACCUGUUUGAGCCGGAGCAGCGAGGACUUGCCAUGGCCAUCUACUCGGCUGGACCGCUGUUUGGACCUGUCUUGGGACCUAUCUGUGGUGGAUUCAUUGCUCAGGGCGCUGGAUGGAGAUGGGUCUUCUGGGUCCUCGUCAUCGUCGGAGGCACAUUUACGCUCAUUGUCAUGAUCUUCAACCGCGAAACAAACCCCGUCAUCAUCAUCCAGCGCAAGACAAAUCGGCUGCGAAAAGAACUCAACCGUCCCGACCUUCGCAGCUACUAUGACGAUUCCAACAAUCAGCAGAGCAAAACAGCACAUUUCAUCCACCGGCUGACGACGCCUUUUCAGCUGUUCUUUGGGUCCCCCAUUGUCGCCAUUGUGGCAAUGUACAUAGCAGUCGUCUACGGCUGUUUAUAUCUCCUCUUCACGACUGUCACAGAGGUCUUUCAGAGCGGCUAUCACUGGAGCGAGCAGAUCAGCGGGCUGGCUUACAUUGGUCUGGGCCUGGGCUUCGUUGCUGGCCAAACGGUAUUUGGCUUCUGCAGUGACAGAGUGCUUAUCAAGCUCAAGGCUCGCAACAAUGAUGUUUUUGAGCCGGAAAUGCGCCUUCCCCUGACCGUCCCCUUUUCGCUCUUCGUCCCCAUCUCGUUCUUCUGGUAUGGCUGGUCGGUGCAGGCGCACACGCACUGGAUCGUGCCCAUCAUCGGCUUGUUCCCGUUUGCAUUCGGCUUGAUUGGUAUUUUCGGGACUCUGCAAACUUACAUCAUCGACUGCUUUCCUCUACAUGCGGCUUCGGGAAUCGCAGCGAUCACGGUGACUCGCUCGUUUGUGGGCGCGCUUCUGCCUCUUGCUGGCCCGCCAAUGUACGACGCCCUGGGGUAUGGCUGGGGCAAUUCGUUGCUGGGAUUUGUCACUCUGGCCAUGGUCUCGAUGCCAAUCUUGUUCAACCGCGUGGGUAGCAAGCUGAGAAAGAGGUCGUCUUUUCAAGAAGCUACCUCGAAGUGA